CCAGUGUCCCGGCUCACCCGGCUCCCGGUUGAUCUCGAUGUCGAAGUGACACUGCGGCCGGUCCUGCGCCCCCAUCGCGACCGAGGCGGCGGCAAGAGCUGGGAGAGACGGGGAGGAAAGCGGUGUCCUCAUGACUUCUCUUGUGGACCAUGUCCAUGAUCCUUUUUGCCUGUGUGGUUAGGGUGAGGGAUGGACUGCCCCUCUCGGCCUCCACUGACUUUUACCACAGCCAAGAUUUUCUGGAAUGCAGGAGACGGCUCAAGACUUUAGCCUUGCGACUGGCCCGGUAUCCAGGUCGAGGUUCUGCAGAAGGACUUGACUUCAGUAUCCACUUUUCUUCUUCGAGGGAUGUAGCCUGCAUGGCUAUCUGCUCCCGCCAGUGUCCAGCAGCCAUGGCCUUCUGCUUCCUGGAGACCCUGUGGUGGGAAUUCACAGCUUCCUAUGACACCACCUGCAUUGGCCUAGCCUCCAGGCCAUACGCCUUUCUCGAAUUUGACAGUGUCAUUCAGAAAGUGAAGUGGCAUUUUAACUAUGUAAGUUCCACCCAGAUGGAGAGCAGCCUAGAAAAAAUUCAGGAGGAACUCAAGUUCCAGCCUCCAGUGGUUCUCACUCUGGAGGACACAGAUGUGGCUAACGGGGUGAUGAACGGUCACCCACAGAUGCACUUGGAGCCUGCUCCUAAUUUCCGAAUGGAACCUGUGACAGCCCUGGGCAUCCUCUCUCUUAUUCUCAACAUCAUGUGUGCUGCUCUGAACCUCAUUCGUGGAAUUCACCUCGCGGAACAUUCUUUACAGGUUGCACAUGAAGAAAUUGGAAAUAUUCUGGCUUUUCUUAUUCCUUUUGUAGCCUGCAUUUUCCAGGAUCCAGGGAGGUUGGUUCUGUUGGUUGGACCAAACCUCAUGGCCUGUUUCUGACCCAAACGAGGAGAGCUCAUUCUCCCUUCUGGGAGCAGUGAUGUCAAACUUCUGUUGCUGGGGAAACGUCAUUGGCAGAGAACCUGUGGGAAAAGACUUGUCCGUAAAAUCUGGGAAUGGCCGGAUAUGGAAACAUCUGCCCAUGUGUACCGAUGGCAGAGCUGUUGCCCACAAGCGCCUUUCAUUUAGGGUAAAAUUAUCAAAUCCAGUCUAUUCCUGUGUCCUGUGCUUGGUACAUGUGACCUUCUUUAACCCUUAUACUUACAUGAUUCUGGGUUGUUUCAGAAGUGUUAUUUAAUGAAUGAUUCAUAUAAUGUGGCCCCCAGGAUUCCAUUUUGUUUAGUGGACUUUUUUACUAAGAGCGUUAAAGAUUGAGGCUGAUAUAGCCAGAGAAAACCAUUUCCUUCAUGUAUUCAUUUUGAAUGCUUGCUGCCCAUGUUAUACAAGCUUCUUACUGUUUUCAUGUAAUAACAAAGAUGUGUUCUGAGUAAACGAUGAGUUCGUUUUAACGAACUUUCACACAGUAGUAAAGCCUAAACUUGUGUCAAUGUUGGUAACAAAUGUCGUAUAGGCGUUUAUAUACUAUGUAUAUAUAAAUCAAAUGAGGUGGCUUCAGAAGUGGGAGAAGAGUAAAUCUAAGGUGCUCAUCAAC